GUCAAACUUGAUCACUCUUUCUUACUUCAAACAAACAAGAGAAUGGCCUCUGCCUCCGCACCCACCACCUUCUCCCUCCUCAAAUCCACCGCCUCCUCCCGCACCCGCUCCUCCCCUUCUUCCUCCUCCCAUGUCUCCCUCCCCUCCUCCCUCAAACCCACCACCCGCCGCCUCGGGUUCGCCCCCGCCGACCCCCUCCUCGCCCUCCACGUCGCCGCCAAGGUCAGGUCCUUCGGCUCUGCCAAGCCCGUCAGGGGCGUUGUUGCCAUGGCCAAGAAGAGCGUUGGGGAUUUGAGUGAGGCUGAUUUGAAGGGGAAGAAGGUGUUUGUGAGAGCUGACUUGAAUGUGCCUUUGGAUGAUAGUCAGAACAUUACUGAUGAUACUAGGAUCAGGGCUGCUGUUCCUACUAUUAAGUAUUUGAUGGACAAGGGUGCUAAAGUCAUUCUCUCUAGCCAUUUGGGACGGCCAAAAGGUGUGACCCCAAAGUUUAGCUUAGCACCUCUUGUACCCCGGCUAUCUGAACUUCUUGGCAUUCAGAUCGUGAAGGCUGAAGACUCUAUUGGUCCGGAAGUAGAAAAGUUGGCCACUUCACUUCCUGAUGGUGGUGUCCUUCUUCUUGAAAAUGUGAGGUUUUACAAAGAGGAGGAGAAAAAUGACCCUGAGCAUGCGAAGAAGCUCGCCUCCGUAGCUGAUCUUUUUGUCAAUGAUGCAUUCGGAACUGCACACAGAGCCCAUGCUUCAACUGAGGGUGUAACAAAAUUCUUGAGGCCAUCUGUUGCUGGUUUUCUGUUGCAGAAGGAACUUGACUAUCUUGUUGGGGCAGUAUCAAACCCAAAGAAGCCAUUUGCAGCCAUUGUUGGUGGUUCGAAGGUCUCAUCCAAGAUUGGAGUGAUCGAAUCACUCUUAGAGAAGGUUGAUUACUUAAUUCUUGGUGGAGGAAUGAUCUUCACAUUUUACAAGGCACAGGGUAUCUCAGUAGGUUCAUCUCUGGUGGAAGAGGAUAAGCUAGAACUUGCUACAUCACUCAUUGCGAAGGCCAAGGCAAAGGGAGUGUCUCUUUUGCUACCCACUGAUGUCGUAAUUGCAGACAAAUUUGCUCCUGAUGCAAACAGCAAGAUUGUUCCAGCUUCAAGCAUCCCUGAUGGGUGGAUGGGAUUGGAUAUUGGACCAGAUUCUAUUAAGACAUUCAAUGAUGCACUUGAUACCACUCAAACCAUCAUCUGGAACGGACCAAUGGGAGUGUUUGAGUUUGACAAGUUUGCUGUAGGAACAGAGGCUAUUGCAAAGAAGCUUGCAGAGCUUAGCGGCAAGGGAGUGACAACCAUCAUUGGAGGUGGAGACUCAGUUGCGGCUGUGGAGAAAGUAGGAGUUGCUAGUGUCAUGAGCCACAUAUCAACUGGCGGUGGUGCUAGUUUGGAGUUGUUGGAAGGCAAAGAACUUCCUGGUGUACUUGCUCUUGAUGAAGCUGUUCCAGUUCCCGUGUAAGAACAAUUUUUUUUCUCUGUAUUCUUUUCCCUGCCCACCAUGUUGUUCUAUUUGAGUACGUAAGCGAGAAAUGGCAUGUUGUAGUAGGAAGAUUGGAGUUCGUCUUGUAAAUGUUCAAUGUCCUUUUAUACAAGACCCGAUACGUCUCUAUAUUCCUCGCAUCCUACAAAGUUUCCAUAAGAUUGUGGGGAGGGACAAAAAACAGCCAUUUUGAAAAUCUAAUAAAUUGGUUCUCUGCAAUAUAUAUUUGUAAAAUUAUCGUUCUCAUGUC